GGUCACGCCCCUUGGUCUGCUCUGUAUGCGGAAGCGGAAAAACGGCAGAGAAAAGUUUCGAAAAGUUUUAAAAGUUUAUAAAGUUCGGAUAUCGCCUGAAAUCAACGGAUCGCUUCGAGCGGCGGAGGACGAUGCUUCAAUGCCAGCCUGGUUCUCUUUGAGAUGUGUGUGAGUCCCUGUGAGCAGGGUGUCCAGUAGAAAGAGAGAGACUACACUCCCAAAAGCCCAUGGAAACCAUCAAGGAACAAGGUGGGCAGGCAGAGCGGAAGGCAGCCGGUCUGAGGCGGAGGGCCUGGGCCCAGAGCAAGGACUUAAGCUGGGGCCCCACCAAGGAAGAACCAGGGGAGGGUCACCAGAUUUCCAGUUGGCUGAGUGAGUGCAGGACUCCUCUUACGGUUUCUAUGGAUGACCCAAGUACUUCGCCUGGCAAAGGCAUUUUAAAGACUGGGUGUAGCUUUGAAGAUGACCUCAAACUGGGAGCUGAAGCUAAGCAUCUUCGGUCCCCUGAUGCCAAAGCUGAACCCAUCUGUUUUGGUGUCCAGGAGAAGAGGAUCCAUUACAAACAGCGAGGAAGGAGCAUCAACUCCACCGGCUCUGGGAAGAGCAGCACUGUCUCAAGCGUGUCUGAGUUGCUGGAUCUUUAUGAAGAAGACCCAGAGGAGAUCCUGUUGAAUCUGGGUUUUGGUCGAGAGGAGCCGGACUUGGCCUCUAAGAUCCCCUCUCGCUUCUUCAGCAACACAUCGGGGGCCCAAGGCAUUGAUAUCACGGUGUACCUCGAGGCUCAACUCCAACGGUUGGAGCUGGAGAACCCAAACUACGCUCUCACAAGUCGGUUCAGACAGAUAGAGGUUCUGACGACGGUAGCCAACGAGUUCUUCCAGUUAUACAGUCAUGUGUCGGGCCAGCCGCUACACCGCAUCGGAGGAGAGGGAGGAGGAGGUGAAGGGCAGGUGUUACCCUCUCCACUAAAGAGGAAUAACUCUGCUCUACAUGUUGCUAAAAUCCUCAAGAAGACCCUCACUAAACACAACCUGCUGGGGACAUCCCAGUCCACUAGUGGAGGAGAGAGGAGUACAGCACCCUUUAGUGGUGGAGAAAGUGAUAGCCCCAUAGCAGACUCUAGUGGAGGACAGGGGAGUACAGCACCGUUUAGUGGUGGAGAAGGCAGGGGUACCAAUUCUCACCACGAGGCGAAAGCACACUCUAUGAAGACUGUCAGCGAGCAAACUGAUGUUGGUCUGGAGUUGACGGAUGGACACCCAGACACCAGCAUACAGCCCCGCCCGCGGUCCCCAGCCAGUAGAGACAGAGCUGUCCUCGAGGGGACCAAUCCACAGGAGAGGAACGGGGAUCAAGUGUUAGAACCAGGGAGGGGCAGGACAUCCACCCCAGAGAAACCGGUCUGCCUGGCACCCCUGCUGGCUCAGCUGAAGCAAAACACCAAGGACUCCUUUGAGAUGGAAGAGGUUCAGAGUACCGAUGACGACCGUCCAUCACGAAUCUCCCAAGCAAGUGCGUUCCUGCGUUCAGUCAGCCAGCAGUCGGACAGCAGUGGUUUUGCAGAGGAUCCCUCCAGCGACUCCACAAACCCCCUCAAGGUGCAGGAGAGCAGUGACAGCUGUGACAGCGAGACCACUGUGACGUCCAAUGACCCGGCCACUCCCCUGGCCCAGGACCAGCCACUGUUUGGUGGCUUAGCGGACAGAGAGGACGGUGGGAGGGCCUACAGUGUGGAGGUUCCUCAGUAUUCUGUCCACCACAUCCGGAGGACCGACGCAGUUGCCACCAAUCCUCCCAACCAACCGGACUGUACCCAGGCCCUAGCUUCUCUCCCUGAAGAACCGUUAGAACCACUACCUUGUCCCCCAGCAGGACCAGAACCUUGUUCCUCUGCAGGACCAAAACCUGUUUCCCCUACAGAACCAUCAGAACCAGAUCCUGGUUCCCCCACAGAACCAUCAGAACCAGAACCUUGUUUCCCUGUUGACUGUUCCUUACAGACGCACAUGUUUGAUAGCUCUGCCUCCCAGGACUCCGGUCCUGGGUCCCUGGUCUCUGCUGCUGGUUCUCUGGUCUCUGCUGCUGGUUCUCUGGUCUCUGCUGCUGGUUCCCAGGUCUCUUCUGAUGGGUCCCAGGUCUCAGAUCCUGGUUCCCUGGUCUCACAUCCUGGGUCCCAGGUCUCUGCUGCUGGUUCUCUGGUCUCUGCUGCUGAUUCCCUGGUCUCUGCUGCUGGUUUCCAGGUCUCUGGCCAACCAGAGCUUCAAGCCCCCUCAGUGCAGAUCCAACAGGCUCUGGAUCGAGCCAAGUUCAGCCAACCACUGCACAGGAUCCCGAGUCCAGCCUGCUGGGCCCCGGUCCAGACCUCUUCAGAGGCAAGAGCCGGGGCGGGGCGGUUUCCCCUGGAGAGGGCCUCCUCUCUGCCCACCUCUAUUCUGGCCCGUACCAAGGUGGUGUCAUCGGUGAAGAUCCAGUUUGGGAGGGAUGCCCCUACCUCCUGCAGCGCCCCACGCUUCUCCUUCAAAUACAGCUGUGGAGAGGAGGAGGAGGAGGAGGAGGAGGAGGAGGCGGAGGAGGAGGCGUAUUCAGACAACAAGCUGGACAAAUGCCUCUCUACUCUUAUAAUAAACCCUGCCACCUCUGAUCCUUACAACCAACAUCUAAAGCGCCACCAAGAUCCUCCAUUGGCUCAGCAACCCCUCCUCCACCACCGAGCACCCUCUUCGCUGCUGUGCUCCAGUCCUCCUCCUAAUUGGCUAGAUAGACCACUUGGUAGCCAAUCCCAUUCCUGGAGCACCCAAAGUGUCCCUAAUCUCUCCUCCAAUGAGCAGCAGUCUCGUCCUUUGAAUCCGUACCCCUACAGCCAUCAACACGAGUCGUGUAGCUUCACCCCCCUGUGCACCUACACCCCCCAUCACACUGCCAUGCAUCAGCAUCCCACACACCCCCAUCACGAUGCCAUUAAUCUGCCUCCCACACACCCCCAUAACACUAACAUGCAUCAGCCUACAACUCCCACAACACCCCAGCAUGCCUGCCAGCAGAUGCCUAACCAUGGCAGUUUGUGCAGCUUGCCUGGAACUCCUGGGAUGCAAUGCCAACAUUGUAGCCACCAAGAGUACUCCAGUCCUUCCCCUUAUUAUACUCCUGUCCAAUACUUCUCGCCCCUCCAUACUUUCUAUGGGUAUAGCCCCUUUCCUGUCAGGCCCUAUGUAUUUAGUCCCCAGCAACGACCUGCAUCUGUCCAAGGACAGAUGCUUCAUCCUGGGCUGUCUCCGACCACGGUCCCUGGCUUUGAGCUGGGGCCUUCCAGCACCGAGCUGCAGCUAAAGGAAGUUCUGCACCAGAUCCAUGGAGUCGUCGGGAGUCUAGGCCAUCAGUCGGCAGUGUCUUCAUCUAACAUGUUCAACGAUCACCGAGCAGCACUUAAAUCAAGACAGGCUGAGAUCCAACAGAAAAGGCAGACGCUGAGCGCGUUCCGCAGUCAAAUGAUCGAUCUGGAGCUGUCAAUCAUCGGAGAGCAAGCACAGGUCUACCCACAUCUGAGCCCUGCUGAGAGACUCCAGGUUGAACAGUUGAAGACACUCAGGUCAGCGGUGAGAGAAGAACUGCAGGAGCUGGAAUUCCAACUGGCCAAACACAUGGAUCUGCAGAUGGACAUGAGUCUGGAUAGUAGAUCAACAUCAGUAGCAGAUCCAGUGGAGCGUCUCCUUACAGAACAGCUCCUCCUCCAAUCAGAACUUGAUUACGUAGACAACUCCUCCUCCCCUGGGCCCUCCUUCUCUCGCUCCUCUAGUCCAACCAGAUAUCGCUCCUCAAUCAACAUCACUCCGGCCCCACCCCACCGCGCCUCCACCGCCCACGACAGGGAGGAGAGGGGGAGGGGAGAGGAGGAGAGGGGGAGGGGAGAGAGGGGAGGAGUGGAUGAGGAGGUGGGGAGGAGAGAGAGGGGAGGAGAGGAGGAGAGAGGAGACACCAGACAGGGUAUCUCUGUCAACAAUCUACAGCAGAUAAUUCAAGAGAUCAAACAAGAUGUCCGCCAGGAGAUCUUCCAGGAACUCCUAGCCACUCUGAGUCACUGGUCACCACAGACCAUCAGCAAGCAGCCCCUGUAGCCAUGGCAACCCAUACAUACAGAGAGAGGGGACCAGAUAUGGAGACAUGGAUAUGUCGCUUUCAUAACAAAGUCCUUUUAAUUAACAUAGCAGCACAUAAUGUACCGUCUUCUGUCCUUUGACUUCCUGUUACUUGGUUAGCACAAGGAGUCAACAAUCAGUUAUAAUAAUAUAGCUAAACCUUAUCUAUAAUACACCUAAACCAUGACAUUAAUAUACCAAAACCAUUACAAUAAUACACCAACUCAAUAAUAUACUAAAACCAUCACAAUGAUACACCAUCACAAUAACAUACCUAAACCAUCACUAUAAUAAACCAUCUUUAUAAUUUACCAAAACCAUCACAAUAAUACACAAUCACAAUAAUACACCUAAACCAUCACUAUAAUAAACCAUCAUUAUAAUCUACCAAAACCAUCACAAUAAUACACCAACACAAUAAUACACCUAAACAUCACAAUAAUAUGCCUAAACCAUCACAAUAAUAUACCAUCACAAUGAUAAACCUUAGCCAUCAAAUUAUUCCUGAACAAUCUCAAUAAUGUACCUAUACCAUCAGCAUUAGAAUAAUAUACUACUACUAUGGCUACUACUAAUACUAUUCCUUCUUUAUAAACUACAAUGUGACUACUACUACUACAACAUUCUAUGUAAGCUACUCCAUGACUACUACAAGUUAUUUAACUACUGCUACUUUAUAAACUAACACUAGUUCUAUAACUACUGCUACUUUAUAAACUACUCCAUGACUCCUACGAGUUAUUUAACUACUGCUACUUAAUAAACUACUUUUAGUUCUUUAACUACUACUAUUUUUAAACUACCACUAGUUCUUUAACUACUGCUACUUUCUGAACUACUCCAUGACUACUUGAGGUACUACUACUAUACUGCUACACACUGUAUAAACUCCAACUUGACUACUCCUACUACUACUGCUGCUGCUCUGUAUAUAAGGAUGAUUAUGGAUUGGGACCAUUUCCCAGUGGUGGAAGUCAUUCAUACAUUUCAACAACAGGGAAGUCUUAUUCCACUUCAAUACUUCUUAGCAUUCCAAUGAGUAACUACACACUCAAGUAGAUCUUCCACUGAUGUGACCAACCGUUAGCAACGUGUGUCUGAGGGAAAGUAAAAUUAAUGUGUUUGUAAAUUAACAGCUGUAUACUUUUUUUUUUGUCUUAAAGCCUGACUCCAUCUAUGUGUGAAUAAAGACAAUCAUGGGUUGUAGAUAUGAAGGUAUUGAUACUCUGGGAUGAAGAGGCUUGCUUAAGAGUGUCGAAGCCAGCCUGCAAUCCGAUGAACGUGAGUCAGGCUUAAGGAGAACAAAACAGCACUAAAUGCUAACCUGUCCGUCACUCUGUAACAUAUCUAUAUCGUGAAUACAAUUUCACUGAUGGUCAUUCUUUAAGAUCCAUGUUUUUUAUAAUGAGAUUAUGUUAAAAGUCCUAAUGGGGAAUGAUGUUGCAGAAUGAUCUUGUGCAUCAGUGUUUUCUAACUAUGUGACCAACCACAGUAAACCCAAACACCAUCUGUAUGGCUAAACUGUUGCAAAUGUCAGCUAAAGCUAUUGGCUAAGUUAAUAGAAGUUGCUAAAAUAAAAGCUAUGGGGGCACUCUUUUACUAAAUUACAAUCUUUUGCUGCUGUUUAAUAAAUGUUUGUGUUGGUUGACUUUUAUUGUAGUGGAUGAAUGAUUCAAUAAAGAUAUUUAUUUUCAAAUAAA